UAAAUGCGCCUGGAGAAGGAAAACUGAAGCGAAAGGGAAGGAAAUAAGAAGCUUUAAAAACGGACAUCUCAACCCGGUGGCUCUUUAAUUUUUUUUUUUACCCUCCAGGAAGCGGACAUUUCGUUAUCUUCUGAUUCUCCUUUGCGCCCUGUGUGCUGGGGCAAACGGAGCCUUUGCGCCCAGGUCGCCUUUCUCGGAAAACAAACUCCCAAGUCGGCCACCGGGGAAGCGAGGGUGGAGAGGUUUGCUAGAGACACACGGACCGACCCUCCUCGGCGCGUGGGAGAGUCUUGCCUCCUCCGGAACCGGCGUCCUCCGCGCAGACCCUGGAGGCGCCGGGGGCGUGGGGUGGCCGCCGGGGCAGCCCAGCCUAGCACGCGCCCCGCAGCUCAGACGCCCCCAGAGGCGCCGGCGCCGGCGGCCUUAGCAGCCCAGCGCCCUUCGGCCGCGAGGGCGGGCGCCGGGCUCCGCGGAGUGGAGCGGAGCGGGCCGCCGGGGCUCGGGCACCGCCGCAGCUGCGCCGGCCUGGGGCCGCGGGCCCGGUUUCCGCCCGCUCUUCCCGCUCACGCAUCCUUCCAGUUCUCCUUUUCCUCCUCCCCCUUUCGUUGAUCCUCUGUCUUUCCUGCUGUCGCCUCGGGGGCUCCUCCUCCAGCGGAGCGGAGAUUACAGAGUCGUCGGGAUGCCCCAGCUCUCCGGGGCCGGCGGCGGCGGCGGCGGCGGCGGCGGGGGAGACCCGGAACUCUGCGCCACCGACGAGAUGAUCCCUUUCAAGGAUGAGGGCGAUCCUCAGAAGGAGAAGAUCUUCGCAGAAAUCAGCCACCCCGAAGAGGAAGGCGACUUAGCCGACAUCAAGUCCUCCUUAGUGAACGAGUCCGAAAUCAUCCCCGCCAGCAACGGACACGAGGUGGCCAGACAAGCACAAACCUCUCAGGAGUCCUACCACGACAAGGCCAGAGAACACCCUGAUGACGGAAAGCAUCCAGAUGGAGGCCUCUACAACAAGGGACCCUCCUACUCGAGCUAUUCCGGGUACAUAAUGAUGCCAAAUAUGAAUAAUGACCCAUACAUGUCCAAUGGAUCUCUUUCUCCACCCAUCCCAAGAACAUCAAAUAAGGUGCCCGUGGUGCAGCCAUCACAUGCGGUUCAUCCUCUCACCCCCCUCAUCACGUACAGCGACGAGCACUUUUCUCCAGGAUCACACCCUUCACACCUCCCAUCAGAUGUCAACUCCAAACAAGGCAUGUCUAGACAUCCUCCAGCUCCUGAGAUCCCUACCUUUUAUCCCCUGUCUCCAGGUGGUGUUGGACAGAUUACCCCACCUCUUGGCUGGCAAGGUCAGCCUGUAUAUCCCAUCACGGGAGGAUUCAGGCAACCCUAUCCAUCCUCACUGUCAGUCGACACUUCCAUGUCCAGGUUUUCCCAUCAUAUGAUUCCUGGUCCUCCUGGUCCCCAUACAACUGGCAUCCCUCAUCCAGCUAUUGUAACGCCUCAGGUCAAACAGGAGCAUCCCCACACUGACAGUGAUCUAAUGCACGUGAAGCCUCAGCAUGAACAGAGAAAGGAACAGGAGCCAAAAAGACCUCACAUUAAGAAGCCUCUGAAUGCUUUUAUGUUAUACAUGAAAGAAAUGAGAGCGAAUGUCGUAGCUGAGUGUACCCUAAAAGAAAGUGCAGCUAUCAACCAGAUUCUAGGCAGAAGGUGGCAUGCCCUCUCCCGUGAAGAGCAGGCCAAAUAUUAUGAAUUAGCACGGAAGGAAAGACAGCUACAUAUGCAGCUCUAUCCAGGCUGGUCUGCAAGAGACAAUUACGGUAAGAAAAAGAAGAGGAAGAGAGAGAAACUCCAGGAAUCAACAUCAGGUACAGGUCCAAGAAUGACAGCUGCCUACAUCUGAAACAUGGUGGAAAACGAAACUCAUUCCCAACGUGCAAAGCCAAGGCAGCGACCCCGGGACCUCUUCUGGAGAUGGAAGCUUGUUGAAAACCCAGACUGUCUCCAGGGCUUGCCCAGUCGACCCCAAUGGAGAAUUGACACCACCUUCACCCUGAGGUCACCGCUAGAGACGCUGAUCCAUAAAGACAAUCACUGCCAAACCCCCUUUCAUCUACUGCAAGAGCCAAGUUCCAAAAUAAAGCAUAAAAGGUUUCCUAAAUGAGAAGUACAAAGCACCUGAGAAUGCUAGCAGGCCGAGCAGCUGUCCCCCCUCCUCUGUGCGCGCACUUCCCAGAGCAUCUUGCGUCCAUACCUGUAACCUUUUGGCAAGGACAGUAACUUGGCUACUUUGCCUGCCAGGAGCAACUGGGCAGCCAGCACAUCCAUCAGCAUCCCAGUGGGGGACUUUGUGGAAGAGUUCCCGCUUUGUUUCUUCUUUUUUUUUUCCUCUUCCUUUCUCCUAAGGCUUUUAUUUAACAGUGCAAAAGAAUCAAUCUUAUUUGCUUUUUUUUUAAACUUGAAUUUUUUUAAAUUUUCACUUUUUAGUUUAAACUCUCUUGUUGUAUAUUUUGCUAGCUAUGAGCUUUUGAGUAAAAUUCAAAGAUCUGGAAAAGUUGAAAUAAAAAUGAAAAGAAGCCGCCCUUUUUUGAGCGGUA